AUGGCCAACACCACAGAGCUGAACGCUACAGAAGUCGCAGGCUCGGUGGGGUUAAUCCUGGCGGCUGUCCUGGAGGUGGGGGCAUUGCUGGGCAACAGCGCACUGCUGGUCGUGGUGCUGCGUACGCCAGGCCUGGGCGACGCGCUCUACCUGGUGCACCUAUGCAUCGUGGACCUGCUGGCGGCUGCCUCCAUCAUGCCGCUGGGCCUGCUGGCCGCACCGCCAUCCGGGCUGGGCCGCGUGCGUCUGGGCCCCGCGCCCUGCCGCGCGGCGCGCUUCCUGUCCUCGGCUCUGCUGCCCGCCUGCACGCUGGGCGUGGCCGCGCUCGGCCUAGCGCGCUGCCUGCGGCCCCCGCGGCCCGCGCGCGGGGCCCGGCUACGCUCUGACUCUCUGGAUAGCCGCCUCUCCAUCUUGCCGCCCCUCUGGCCUCGCCUGCCUGGGGGCAAAGCGGCCCUGGCCCCAGCGCUGGCGGUGGGCCAGUUUGCAGCCUGCUGGCUGCCUUAUGGCUGCGCGUGCCUGGCGCCUGCAGCGCGGGUCGCGGAGGCCGAGGCGGCUGUCACCUGGGUAGCCUACUCGGCCUUCGCGGCUCACCCCUUCCUGUAUGGCCUGCUGCAGCGUCCAGUGCGCUUAGCGCUCGGCCGCCUCACCUGCCGCGUGCUGCCCCGGCCCCUGCGGGCCUGUGCUCGACAGGCUUGUAGUCGGCAGGCCUGGCACCCACAGGCACUGCUGCAGCGCCUCCAGGGACCCGCCUCUGAGGGAUCUGCCCUAGGCCCCACUGAGGCACCAAAACAGGUCCCCACGUGGGCAGGAGGGCAGCGCCUGAGCAUGCCAGAGGCCACCUGA